AUUAAAGCACACUGAAGUGUUUUGAGACACUUAUCUACUGACAUAUUAAUAUUUUAUCGGCUCUUCCUGUUUGCAACGUUGCGAAGAGACGCUCCCCCACACAAAACGCUUCCAUGGCAACCAAUAACAGACUGAAACUUCACGGCUACUGAGUUGUGUGAUAGAAAAUAAUAAUUGACCCGUUUUAAAAUAUUGUCAUGGCUUUACCGUUUCUACCGGGAUAUUCUCCCAAAUCACGGUUGGGGAAGGAAAGAUUCCACAAAUCCCAGCAUUUUAACUAUAACAACGGAGUCCCAUUGCUGGUGGGGUCUGAGAAGCCAGGCAUCGGAGGAGAGCCUCUGGUGGGCCAGAAGAUUAAACCAAAACAUUCUGUGUAUCCUAAAGAACAGGGAAGCAGCAUGCCAUCAUGGGUGGCCCUUGACAAAAAGACUCUGUGUUUUGACGCGUACUUCCAGGAGAACGUUACUAAUGCACAAAACGAGACCUACAGAAUCCGAAAGUGUAAAAUCUACUUCUACCUGGAAGACGACACCAUACAGGUGGUGGAGCCGGAGUUCAAGAACUGUGGCAUCCCUCAAGGAACUCUUAUUUGUCGCCACCGGAUCCCACUGCCUCCCCCCAACGCCGACCAGUUCUACAAUGUUUACCAUUUCAACCUCAACCAACAGAUGGUGCUGUACUCUCGCACAUUCACUCUGACCAGCUGUGACCCUUUCACCAGGAACUUUCUCACUAGACUCGGGGUGAUCUUGAAUGAGCCAGCCCCUGUACCUGAGGACCCCUACAGCAGCCAGCGGGAGCAGCUUGAGAAAAAUAUGAAUCCGCUUCGGCCCUACGAGAGACGCGACACGCUGAAGCAGUUCCUGGACAAUGACCGCAAAGUCCUGCGCUUCUACUGCUUGUGGGACGACACGGAGAACAUCUUUGGUGACCCACACGAGCUCGUACUGCACUACUUCCUGGCUGACGACACCAUUGAGAUCCAGGAGGUGUUCUACCCAAACUCCGGGAGAGAUGCUUUGCCCAAAUUCGUGCGCCGCGGCAAACUACCAAAGCGUCCUCCGGCCCAAAUGAAGCAACCUGGAGAGAUCACAGAGCGCACAGUUCUCAACGUGUUUGCCUCCAAGAAUCAGGGGGAACGCUACAUGCUGGACAGCCUCAAAACAGGAGCCGUGCAUGAGGAGUUCUAUAAGGACCAUGACCUGGUUAUCGGUGGGGAGGUGAACGUGUGGGGCAGGAGAGUGAUCAUCACCGACUGUGACGACUUCACCAAAGACUACUAUCGCUCCAAAUAUGGCAUCGAGGACUUCACCCCAGUGCAGUACAAAGCUUCCCUAGACCCGAUUCCCCAGAAGCCCCCUAGGCUUGUGCCCCCCUACAACGGCUUUGGCUCAGAGGAGGACUCGCUGAGCUCCUGCCAGGGCCUGCUGCUCAGGCCCCCACGGAAAGAUUUCAACAAAUUUAUGGAAAAGGACAGUUGUGGCGGAGAGAGUAAUGUGCUGAAUUUCCGAGCCAAGAUGGUGACCAGUGAUGCAGUUGACAGAGAGCGGGUGUUCAUCAUCUCCUUCUACCUGUGCGAUGACUCCAUCAGUGUGUUUGAACCUCCACAGAGGAACUCAGGUGUGCUCGGUGGCAAGUUUCUGGAGCGAGGUCGAGUGAAGAAGCCAGGCCAGGAGCUGUCUGAGUACUUCACAGCUCAGGAUCUGCACGUUGGAGCUAUCCUCUGCAUCAACGGUAAAAACUUCCAGCUUGAAGCUGCUGAUGAAUACACCUUCAACUACAUGGAGAAGCAUGCCGAGGAGUUUCCCAAAGCCAAUAUGGGCAGCAUCUUCAGCAAGCUACGGUCUGUUCCAGAGGAGAAGCAGAGUGAGAUCAGGAAGUUUGUGGCUCUCAGUGAUCCCACCAGCACUGGCUUCAUCGCGUAUGAGUCAUUCAGGAACCUGCUGAUGGAUCUGGACUGCGGUCUGUCGGAGCAUGAGGUUCUGGUUCUGUGCCGACGUUUCUCCGAACGCACGCAGCCCGACGUGGACGCGGGCCUGAUGCUGGCCGUAGCCCAGGACUUCCUCAGAAAGAAGCACUUUGAGGAGAUCCCCGACAUGGCCAAAGCAUUCACACACCGCGAUCGACACAAUGCUGGCCGCCUCCCUACCAAAGAGACAAGGACCGUUUGUAAAGCCUUCCAGCUCCCCCUGCCAGAGAACCUGCUCGGAGGUCUGCUCAGCAAGUUUGCAGAUGGAGAUGAGAUUGACUAUAAUGCCUUCCUUGCUGGUAUUAACUGGAUAGAGAAUCCUGCUCCACCAGUGAUGCCCUGUGACGUCUUAAAGUUUUGCGUGAACGUGGGGUUUGACGCCAGCAGAGCUACGGUGAAAAAUGUCAACUACACCGCCCUUCUGCAGAACGUGUUCAGCUUUCCGUCCAGCAACACCGACCCAACAACUGCCACCUCAACGUAGACGCACAACUGGACGUGACAACUACCUAAGGUCACAAACACAACCACACCGUCAGCACAAGUUCCUCCAUUAAAGAACAUGUUGCAUUGGCUAACUGGCGUCUGUGAUUCCAUCCUGCUGGAGAUGAGUAAAGCCACAGGGGAUGGGAUGUGUGUGAAUAAUCUGUUAGUUUGUUUUCUUCUUUUUGAAAAAAUUGGCAGUUAUGGUUCAACUAACACAAUCCAUUUUAGUGGAAAGUUGGUGCUUCAGGGGAGAAAAGUUUCGAGAACACAGAUGCUUUUUGAUGUGUGUGUUUACAUGAGAUGGUGUGAAUCCAGCCAAGAUGACUUGAACAAACAUGACGCAUUAAAGCAGAACCACAUUUCAGCUCUGGCCAGACAUUAUAACUCUGCUCACACACGAAAUAUACAACAGUGUUUGUCAUUCUGUUAAAGUGGCAGCAUUCUGUCAUUAAAGACACAACUUACUUUUACACAACUGCAUUCAGACAUCACAGUGAUGAAAAAGAGUCAACAUACUGCAUUAUAUUUGCCUUUACGUGCAAUAUUGGACAGACUAUUAUCAAAAUCACACAAAAAACUAAAUUAAGCUAAUAGCAAGAUAAUUAAACUGUCUAAAUACCUAAUAUCCAUAUUUAUUUAUGAUUUCCCAAACACUAAAAUUCUGUCCAUGUGUGAUUACAGUCUAGCUGCUACUUUUCCAGCAGUGAAACAAAAAUAACAGCUGUGAUCAAGCUCAGGACCAAGGACGGCCGCUAAGAAACAAAUGUUUUAGCUGCAGUUAAUAAACUGUUACUCUGUGUGACAACUCACCUGUCUGAGGUGAAGAAAGGUUCACAGUGUGACCUGCUGUUUGAUUCUGAUCCAUCCUGUCUCCAUGUCAUGGAUCAUCUAGCAUUAUUAGUAAUUAAUGAAGUCAUUGCUGUUUUACAUGAAUGUAUCAAAUCCACAUAUGGAUUCUACUGUCAUCUGAAGCUGCAGAUAUUUACUAAACUCCUUUAAAAACUCCUACAAACAGCUGGAAGCAAUAAACUAAACAUCAGCUCCUGAUACUUAAAACCUUGAUUACAUUCAUUUUAGGCGAGUCUCGCUAAUCUGACCUGUUACAGAGCUUUAUUUUCAUGGACUGGUCAGUUUGCAAUAGAUGUUGACCUGAAGGACAAAGUUAAUGUUUUGUGAUUUUAAACGCACAGUUUUUUCUUUCUGUGAUGUUUUCAUGUCUGUAUUGGUGCUGAAAUGCAGAAAAGGCCUUUCCCAUAUUGCUUCACACAACUUUGCUUCACUUCUGUCAUGUUGUUUAUUUACACAUGAAGCUGACAAAUGCAGAUGCUGUCAAUUAACAGAAAACAGUGCAUGCCUGAAGGAGCUUUUGAUUACAGAAUGUUGUACUCUCUUCCAGUACUCUGCUGUAAGUUGAUGAAGAUUGCAAUUGCCACUGGGAUGAAUGUUACACAUAUCCACGUGCACUACCGUUCUAAAGUUUAGGGUCAUCCAGACUCACACUUUAAUUCAUGUGCUAACAUAACUGCACAAAGGGUUUCUAAUCAUCAAUGAGCCUUUCAACACCAUUAGCUAACACAAUGUAGCAUUAGAACACAGGAGUGAUGGCUGCUGGAAAUGUUCUUCUGUACCUCUAUGGAGAUAUUCCAUUAAAAAUCAGCCAUUUGCAGAUAGAAUAGUCAUUUGUCACAUUAACAAUGUCUGGACUUUAUUUAUGAUUAAUGUUUCUUUAUUGAAAAAAACUGCUUUUCUUUCAAAAAUAAGGACAUUUCUAAGUGAUCACAAACUUUUGAAUCAUAGUGUAGGUUCUGCUGCUGUCUGCUGCUGCAUAUAUUUAAUAAACUAAGAGGAAAGACUACUAAACAGCUGGAAGUAGCAAACUCAACUUCAGCUCCUGUUAGCCAAAACCUGGAUUAUGUUGAUAAUUGGAGAGUCAAAUUAACCUGACCUGUUACAUAUUGAAAUGUAGGGAAAAAAGCGAUCCCAAAUUGCUAGACACGACUUGAAGAACAUCACUACAUCACUUGAGCCAGGGUGUUUAUUCAGAUAUGAGGACAACAUGUUAGCAGAAAACAGCGUAUGCCUGAAAGGAGCUUUUUGAAUCCAGGGUAUUUUACUCUCUUUCGACACUAUGAUGUAAGCUGAUAAAGGUUGAAAUUGUCGCUGGGAUGAAUGGUAUGUAUCCACAUAAAUGCUGUAGAUUUUUAAUAAACUCAGAGGAAAGACUCCUAAACAGCUGGAAGCAACAAAUUAACUUCGACUCCUGUUGAUGUUUGUCAAAACCUGGAUUCCAUUUAUUAUUAGGGAUUCUUCUGACUCUGAGUCUUCAUUGCAAAAAAUGUCAUUUUUAUGGACAUGAAAUUGUCGGGCAAAGGGAACAAGAAAGCUGUUUGUGUCAACAUUGGUGCUGAAAUGUGGAAAAAGACUUUCUUAAAUCACUUCACACAACUUGAUUACAUGGCUUGUGUGUGUUUACCUGUUAAUGCUACUGUAUGCAUUUCAGACUUGUGUUGAAGGUGAUAUGUAAGCGUUAUCAGGUCCAACUUAGUGAGGCUGUUUUUGCCACUUUUACAUGUAGAUGUGCUGUUUUAUUAGUUGGGAACGGCUUAAAUUGCCACUGGGGUGAAUCAUAUUUGCAUUAUGUCGACCAUAUUAUGGUAAAAUGUACGAAUCAUUCAUACUGUUACAUUACAAAAACAGAUACAGAUGAAAACUAGUGAAUCCAAAAGCUAGAAAGUGUUUCUCACAUGCCAAGGUGGAAAAAUAAACGAUAAAACGAG